GUUAAACUGUCACACUUUUAUUUUUUAUAUCAGGCCUAAAUGUACUUUAAAAUGCCAACCACAGCUGGAAUCUAUGAACAUAAUUAAUAGCAACAGUAAUUGACAUUCACUGCUUUCUGCCAUUUACUGUCCAAUUUAUCCUUUUGAGAAUUAGAGUCUUUUUUUUAUUUGUAUAUUUUGUUAGUUGUCAAUUUAUCUGAAUAGUCUACCAAUCAAUUAGUUAAAGAAUUAAAUUGUUUCCUUUCCCUUAAAAGGUAUCCUGUAGUGAUUAUUAUAUCAUCAUGUACAGAAGAGCAAUUACUAAAUAUUUGUUUUCUCGCAAGAAUGCAUUUGUAUCUUGGAACAUCUUUUCCCUUAAAUGCCAAGUGUGAAAUGAUUAUCCAGGGCCAGUGGAGGAAGCCUUCUGAUCUGAGUCAUUUACUGUAGGCCAGAACACACUGUAGGGGGUUUUCUGACCUAUUAAUACUUUUCUUAAUUCAGGCUUUUAUAGUGAGCUCAGUUUCCUGAAGUAUUUCGCAAUAGCAUCGUGUACCUCUCUCAUUAGAAAUAGUUACUUUUCAUUACAGCAAAAGAAUUUUUUUUUCUUUCUAAUACUGGAUUUUCCCAGUGGCCAAUGAAUAUAAAUAUACACAAGAUCAGGGAUUCCUUCAGCUCAGUCUGCUCUCCAGACCUCUGGCCAGCAACUCUUUAGAGAGAGCAAAGGGGAAUUCAGGAGAAAGAAAUGAAUUAUCUUCGGGGAUGUAAGUAACAGCCUCUCAUCUGCAGAAUGAGCUAGUCUCUCCCACUGUCCUUUUGAGGGAGUGUGUCUGUGACUUAGCUGGCAGGAUUUCAUUCCACUCCUUCCUUGUCUAUUUCCUCCUCUCAGGCUCUCUUUGGGUAGCAACAGCCCUCACAAUGCUCCUGGGAGCCAGAGCUGUUCCCAUCCUGGAUUCCUCUGGGGAAGAGGAACUUGUUAAUGAUCCUUUGAGGAAUUCGCUUGCAAGAAGCCCCCUGCUGCCAGAUUGCGAGUCCUUGGCAUGGCUACUGCACAGCAAAGCUGCUAAACUGAAGGACGAGAUGUGUGAGAAAUUUACUGUGUGUGACAACAGUAUGGAGAUGCUUGCCCAAAAUGAUCUGAACCUCCCCAAGAUCACAGAGGAAGAUGGAUGUCUACUGUCUGGAUUCAAUGAGGAGAAAUGCUUGAGUGGAAUCUCCAGUGGACUUUUUACAUUUCAGACAUACCUGGAAUAUGUACAAGAAACAUUGAUUACUGAAAAGCAAAAAGUGGAAUCCAUAUGUUAUGGCACAAAACAUCUGGCAAAUACUGUGAGGCAGAUGGUGAAAAAUCCUGGUGCAGUGAUCAUGCCAGACCCAGCCACUCAGAACACACUUUUUGCAAAACUGAAGUCAAAUAAAAAAUGGAUAGAAAAAAUCACCACUCAUCUCAUCCUCCGGGACUUUACUUCAUUCAUGGAGAAAACCGUGAGGGCUGUUCGAUAUCUGAAAAACACCAGGAGUCUCAGUGUUUGAAUGUUUUAAUUCAGGCACAUUCCUUCGUCACAAAAUCUGUCAUGUGGCAGAUGACAGUGUAGUUCUAUUUUAAGAACUACAAGUAACUGCAUAAAGUAUUUAUAUUUUAUUAAGAUUUCCUUUUACAAACGUAUUUAUUGUUUUUAAAUAUUUAUUUUUUUAAAUAUUGUCUAUUUAUUUUUAUAAGAUUUAGAGCUAAUUUAAACAGAGACUAUUUUAUUUCAAUAUUUACUACCACUACCUGUAUUUAUUACCUCUAGUUACAAGACAAGAUGGUUUCUCUUAAUAUAUAAAAAAAUUCACUCGAGAGGGCUGUAUGUACUAUGAAA